CCGGCCUUGAGAGGAGAGAAGAGAACGGAGAAGAGAUUGCGCUCCAUCCAUGGAGCUUUCCUCCGCAGCGCAGUGACGCAGAGGCAGCCGCAGACAUGGUGAAGGAUCAGGAAGUGGAGCGCAUCGCCAGAAAGUUGGAUAAAAUGGUGCAGAAGAAGAGCACGGACAGUGCUCUGGACCUGCUGAGGGAACUGAAGAACAUCAAGAUGUCUCUGGAGACGCUGCAGUCUACCAGAGUGGGCAUGUCGGUGAACGCUGUGAGGAAACAAAGUUCAGACGAAGAAGUUCAGACUUUGGCCAAAACUCUCAUCAAGUCCUGGAAGAAACUGCUGGAUGGUUCAGAGGAGAAGAAAAAGGACAGCUCUCCGGUCAGGUCUUCAUCCACCUCCAAGGAUUAUGGCAGCAGUGAAAAAGGCAGUAAAUCUUCUGAGGGGCCCCCGUCCACCCCCACUUCCCCAACUACCACCACCCUCUCUCAGGUCACUUCCUUCCCCCCUGCCCCCGUAACCAUGGACUGCGUGAGAAGCAAGUGUCGAGAGCUGCUGGUAGUGGCGCUGCAGACGGACGAUGACCAUAAGGCCAUCAGAGUGGACUGCGAGCACCUGGCGGCUCAAAUCGAAGAACAGAUCUUCCAGGAGUUUAAGUCGACAGACAUGAAAUAUAAAACCCGUCUACGAAGUCGAAUCUCCAACCUGAAAGACCAGAAGAACCCAGAACUGCGCCGCAACGUACUGUGUGGAAACAUCUCGCCACAUCGCAUCGCCUGUAUGACUGCUGAGGAAAUGGCGAGUGCAGAGCUGAAGCAGAUGAGAGAGGCUCUGACAAAAGAGUCGAUCAGAGAGCAUCAGCUUUCCAAGGUCGGAGGAACUGAGACGGACAUGUUCAUCUGCAGCAAGUGUCAUGGAAAGAGCUGCACGUACACACAGGUGCAGACCCGCAGCGCUGAUGAGCCCAUGACCACUUUUGUUUUGUGUAACGACUGCGGCAACCGAUGGAAGUUCUGUUGAAGAAAACACGGCCGUUUAUUCUUCUGUCAAGAAGCAAAUUGAAGUUAUUGAAGUUGAUUUAUUUUUUUGGUGUAAUUUCUUUUUAUAUAUCAAACUAAAUGCUGCGAUGUAUUUGGAGAGAUAAAAGCCAGCUGAUGUUGUCCAUUGGUUGAAUUGGUUUUGUAUUGAUGACUGAGACUUCCUUUCUGAAGACGCUUGAGCCAGAUUCAAAUCACAGCUCAUAGUGUGUCUUUCUUUGCCAUGAUGUGCUGAACAUAUUAAAGCUGCU